AGUUUCAAGUGCGUGGCUGCGCCGGACACCGAGAAACCCACCUCUUACACGACCAAAGUUCCUCGCAACGCAAAUAUGACAAAGCUUCAAGCUGGUUAUCUGUUCCCAGAGAUUGCAAGAAGAAGAUCAGCGCACAUGUUGAAAUAUCCUGAUGCACAAGUGAUCAGCCUUGGUAUUGGUGACACUACUGAACCCAUUCCUCCAGUUAUUGCUUCCGCAAUGGCUAAGAGAGCACAAGGAUUAUCAACAUUUGAGGGUUACAGUGGUUAUGGAGCUGAGCAAGGUGAAAAGAGACUUAGAGCUGCAAUUGCAUCGACAUAUUAUGAUGGACUUGGUAUUGAAGAAACUGAUAUAUUUGUCUCAGACGGAGCAAAAUGUGAUAUUUCACGUCUUCAGCUUCUUUUUGGUGCCAAUGUGACAACAGCAGUGCAAGAUCCAUCAUAUCCUGCAUAUGUAGAUUCAAGUGUUAUUAUGGGGCAAACUGGCAUAUUCAAGAAGGAUAUAGAAAAAUAUGGGAACAUAGAGUACAUGAGAUGCACACCCGAGAAUGGUUUCUUUCCUGAUUUAUCCACUGUUAAAAGAACAGAUGUAAUCUUCUUUUGUUCACCAAACAAUCCAACUGGCGCAGCAGCUUCUAGAGAGCAGUUGACACGAUUGGUUCAGUUUGCUAAGGACAAUGGAUCUAUCAUAGUUUAUGACUCAGCAUAUGCUAUGUACAUAUCAGAUGACAGUCCACGAUCUAUCUUUGAAAUUCCCGGAGCAAAAGAGGUUGCAGUUGAGACAGCAUCUUUUUUGAAAUAUGCUGGCUUUACUGGUGUUCGACUAGGUUGGACAGUGAUUCCUAAGGAACUGCUGUUCUCUGAUGGAUCUCCUGUUGCCAAGGACUUCAAUCUCAUAGUUUGCACCGGCUCUAAUGGUGCAUCUAAUAUUUCUCAAGCUGGGGGUCUAGCUUGUCUUUCUUCAGAGGGUCUCAAGGCCAUGACCGACGUUGUCAAUUUCUACAAAGAGAACACUCAGAUAAUUGUCGACACGUUCGCUUCUCUCGGGUUCAAUGCGUAUGGUGGGCUAAAUGCUCCUUAUGUGUGGGUUCGUUUUCCGGGUAAGAGCUCUUGGGAUGUGUUUGCCGAGAUUCUCGAAAAGACUCACCUCGUCACAACACCAGGCAGCGGGUUCGGACCUGGUGGUGAAGGGUUCGUUAGAGUUAGCGCCUUUGGUCACCGGGAGAAUGUCGUUGAAGCCUGUAAAAGAUUACAGCAGCUCUACAGGUGAGCAAGUUCCAUAUGUCCUCCUAUGUUUCCUCUCUUGAUGUUGUUGAAAAGUAUCAGUUUUGAUGUAUAUAUGUUAGGCUAGGUGAGCUUCUACUGGCCAUUUCUCUUGUGAGAAUAGAAAUUAAUGGACAUUUCUCUUAUGAGAAUAGAAAUGGACAUUUCUCUUGUGAGAAUAGAAAUGGACGUACCGUGAGAAGAAUUUUUUUCCAAGGGAUACUGUUUAUUUAUGGGUCUACAUCAGAGUUUUGUGCCUUCGUAUUCUUCUACGUUAGAUGUGUGUUGUCUACUUUGUGUUUGGCAUUUCUCAUAGAACUAUAAACUAGUUUGCAC